AACGGACAUGUCGCCGAUGUUCUUCACGGAGGGCACGUCCCGUCAACUCCGAGUUAUCGGAUGAGGGGGCUUACUCCCACCACACAGUAACCUAUCGUUUUUCUCUACAUUUUACAUAAAGCCGUAGCAUCUAUCUCUACCUUUCCUUUGGGACAUAGGACCAUUGAACAGUCUUGAAGUCUUCAACUGUAUUCUCCACCGGAGCUGUUCAGCGCGCACCAUGGAUCCCUCCAACCCCGCGGUCUCCUCAACCUUUGGGGAAGCCAAAUACAUCGAGUUCCCUUGUCUUCCGGAGGGUACAAAGCAUGAGGAUGGAACGCUUGCGCUGAAUCGUUACUCUUCAACUAUUACCAGAGGCCAUGAUUUCCCUGGCGCUAAGGCAAUGCUCUAUGCUGCAGGUGUUCCCGAUCAAAAUGCUAUGGCAAAGAGUCCUCAGGUAGGUAUUGCGUCUGUUUGGUGGGAAGGAAAUCCGUGUAACAUGCACCUGCUGGAUAUGGGCAAGACAGUGAAGAAGUCGGUCGAGGGUCAGGGUAUGAUUGGAUGGCAGUAUAACACUAUUGGAGUUUCAGAUGCGAUCACCAUGGGUAGUGAAGGCAUGAGAUUCUCCCUUCAGACGCGUGAAAUCAUUGCAGAUAGCGUUGAGUCAGUCACCUGUGCUCAGUACCACGACGCCUGCAUUGCCAUCCCUGGAUGUGACAAGAACAUGCCAGGAGUGGUGAUGGGUAUGGCCAGACAUAACCGGCCAUCUAUCAUGAUCUACGGAGGGACGAUCCAAAUUGGAUACUCAGACCUUCUACGAAAGCCAAUCAGCGUCUCAAGUUGCUUCGAAGCCGCUGGUGCCUAUGCAUAUGAUACUUUGCGUCAACCAGACGAUGGUGGAGACACCAGCAAGACCAAGGAUGAGAUCAUGGAUGAUCUUGAGAGACAUGCCUGUCCCAGCGCGGGCGCAUGCGGGGGUAUGUUUACUGCGAAUACAAUGGCCACAGCUAUUGAAUCGAUGGGUUUGUCGCUACCUGGGUCUUCUUCCACCCCCGCCACAUCCCCGUCAAAAAUGCGGGAGUGUGUUAAGGUAGCAGAAGCGAUCAGAGUUUGUAUGGAGAAGAACAUAAGGCCCCGUGAUCUCUUGACUAAGCGAUCUUUCGAAAAUGCCCUCGUUAUCACGAUGGCUCUUGGAGGAAGCACCAAUGGUGUGCUCCACUUCCUUGCCAUGGCUCGAACGGCCGGCGUGGAACUUACUCUGGAUGACAUUCAGAGGGUCAGCAAUAAGAUUCCAUUCAUUGCCAACCUUGCCCCGAGUGGAAAAUACUACAUGGCGGACUUGUAUGAUAUUGGAGGUGUUCCGUCUGUCCAGAAGCUGUUGAUUGCAGCGGGCUUGCUCGACGGUGAUAUUCCGACGGUUACCGGAAAGUCUCUGGCAGAAAACGUGGCAUCCUUCCCAUCUUUGCCGGAUGACCAAGUUAUCAUUCGUCCUCUAGACAAUCCUAUUAAAGCAACCGGUCACCUUCAGAUCCUUCGCGGAAACUUAGCUCCCGGAGGAGCUGUGGCUAAGAUCACCGGCAAGGAAGGUACCCGAUUCACAGGAAAGGCACGGGUGUUUGAUAAGGAACACCAGCUUAACGAUGCCCUUAAUCAUGGUAAAAUCCCCCGGGACGAGAAUCUGGUCAUCAUCGUCCGCUAUGAAGGCCCUAAGGGUGGACCUGGAAUGCCGGAGCAGCUCAAGGCUAGUGCAGCACUGAUGGGAGCUAAGCUUACCAAUGUGGCACUGAUUACCGAUGGAAGAUAUUCAGGGGCAAGUCAUGGGUUCAUUGUAGGCCAUAUUGUACCCGAAGCUGCGGUAGGAGGACCAAUCGCCGUUGUCCGUGAUGGAGAUGUGAUCACCAUCAAUGCUGAAACCAAUAAAAUCAGCAUGGAUGUUUCGGAUGAAGAGAUUCAACAACGACUGAAGGAGUGGCAGCCACCAGCACCACAUGUCACACGAGGUGUGUUGGCCAAAUAUGCACGGCUGGUUGGGGACGCUUCACACGGCGCAAUGACGGACCUCUUCUAG